AUAGCUAAUUAUAAACUGUGAACUGUGGUCACCCAGUCAUUGCUGCAUUGCUGAAUGCACUUUAAAUAUUAAUGAAACUACUUUUCUUGUGGAGUCUUAUACACUGACUUGUUAAAAGUAUUUUUUUUUUGUGCUUUCGAGGACAAACUGGAUUAAAUUGUAGUGAUAAGUAAAAGCGUUAUUUUAUCACCCAGAACUUCAAUUAAUUUUCACAAUUACAAAACAAAAUGCCAUUGAAAGGCAUAAAAGUUAUAGAAAUGGCAGGACUAGCCCCAGGACCAUUUUGUGGAAUGAUUCUUGCAGAUUUCGGGGCUUCUGUUAUUAGAGUAGACAGACCUGAAGGUGUAUUUAGCCAUGAUUGCUUAGGAAACGGGAAAAGAUCUAUUGUUUUAAAUUUAAAAAGUGAACAAGGGGCUGAAAUAUUAAAGAAAUUAACCAGCAAAAGUGACGUAAUAAUAGAUCCUUUUAGAAGAGGGGUGAUGGAAAAGUUGAACUUGGGACCUAAAGAUUUAAUGCCACACAAUAAAAAACUGAUUUAUGCUCGAUUAACUGGAUACGGACAAGAUGGACCUUUUGCUGAUCGAGCUGGACACGAUAUUAAUUAUUUAAGUUUAUCUGGACUACUUUCUUUAUUUGGUCGUCACAAGGAAAACCUCGUGCCACCCGUAAAUCUCGCAAGUGACUUUGGUGGGGGAGGUUUGAUGUGUGCUUUAGGAAUUAUCCUAGCACUUUUUGAACGUUCUAAAACACAACUGGGACAAAUUAUCGAUGCUAAUAUGGUCGAAGGCUCAGCAUAUUUAGGAAGCUGGCUUUUUAGAUCCCAUAAGGUUCCAGGAAUCUGGGGACAACCUCGAGGACAAAAUUUACUGGACACCGGGACUCAUUUCUACAACACAUAUGAGACAAAAGAUGGUCAGUACAUGUCAGUUGGAGCCAUAGAGCCCCAAUUUUAUGCCAUUUUAUUGAAAAAACUUUGCCUAAACGAAGAAAGUUUCCCACAUUUUUACAACUUUGAGGAAAGUAAAGAAAAGUUUUCGAAAAUAUUUAAAGAGAAAACUCAGAAAGAAUGGUGUGAAAUAUUUGAUGGGUCUGAUGCAUGUGUGACACCAGUUUUGACGCUGGAUAAUGUCAAAAGUCAUCCACACAAUAGUGCAAGAGGCACUUUUUCGGUUAGCGAUGAAGUUUUGAUACCGAAAACCGCCCCUGGAUUAUCCCGAACUCCUGGAAUAUCAUCGGUUACGCGAGGUUCUACCCCGGAACAUGGGGAACAUACUAUCGAAGUUCUUUCCGAAUAUGGAUUCAGUUCUUCGGAAAUAAAAAACCUAGUUUCUUCAGGAAUUGUACAUUCUGAGAAGAAACAAGCUAAGUUGUAAUUUUUUUAAAAAAUCAUGUUAUCUUUUGUACGAAAAAGAGAGCAAAGAAGUGUUUUGUAACAAGAACUUGAUGCAAGGAGAAAAUUGUAGAAGAAUAUUGUAACAUUUUUUUCUUUACACAUAUAUGCAAACCCCUCUAUUUGCCAUUGAGCAAAAUUCUCUCCAUGGUUACUAAAUAAUUUUUUGCUCACUAUGUGAACAUCGUUCUGGUUGUGAGUAUGGUUGGGUUAGUCAAGAUUUUGCAUUAUCAUUUUUAAAUAAAUUGUAUAUUUCGAUAUUAGAGGUCAAAGAGACAGUUUGCUCACUGCGAUUGUGAAGGCCUUUAAACUCUCUGUAAGCAAAUCGGUUAUUUGGCCUCUCGUUUCAAAAUAUAUUUUCAGUUUUGAACGUAUAUUUUCGGUUAAUUCUCAUGGAUCUCAUUUCAUGUGCUUUCAUAUGUUGGACUUUAGAAGUCAUAAGUUAUACAGGGGUGAUACAUAAAUAAAAUGUUUUUACUCUUAGAGUGC